AUGUUUUACAGUCACCAGGUAGUGUACCGUCGAUAUAUAAAUGCAUUAGUUAAUAAAGGACAUCACGUUGUUGUUAUUACUAAUUGGCCUGAAUAUGAUAAAGGAAAAACACCGACGAAUCUUACAGAGAUCGAUAUCAGUGCUGACUUCCAUAAAAUUUGGAUUGAGAAAAAGGCCGAAAUUUUUUCAAAAAGUGCAAAUGAUGCAUUUAUGUUGUUUCAUGAUACAUAUAAUUUAAUUAAUUAUGUAUUUAUAGAACAAUUUAAAACAGAUACAAUAGAUAAAUUUCUUCGCGACAAAACUAAUAAAUUUGACUUGGUGGUUUUAGAAUCAUUGUUAAGAAUGGCCACAGCGUUUUCUGAUUAUUACCAAAUACCUGCAAUAAAGUUUAGUUCUCAGGGCGCAUUCUUUGAAAAUUAUAACACCAUUGGAGCCUCGACUCAACCAAUAUUAUACCCUUUAAUGUUCCAAAAUAAUAUCUAUAACCUCUCUCUAUGGGAAGAAGUAUCCCUUUUGUAUCAAAAUCUGUAUUAUAGAAAGGUAUUGUAUGAUACGAAAGAUAUUGAAAGUGAAGCAAUUAAAACUAUUUUUCAUAAUAAAGCCUCUGAAGUUGAUAUUUUAGAAAAUAAUGUUCACUUACUUUACAUAAACACGCAUCCCAUGUGGGAGACAAUUCGUCCGGUACCAAUAACUGCAAUUUAUACAUAUGGUAUACAUCAAGCACCCAGUAAAGAAUUAACAAGUGAUCUAGCAUCAUUUUUAAAUUAUUCAGCAAACGGCGUAAUCUACGUGUCUUUUGGUACAACGGUAGAUAUAUCAGCAUACUCCAAAGAGAUACAAAUAAUGCUCAAAGCAUUCUCACAACUACCUUACGAUUUCCUUUUCAAAUGGAAUGAAGAUGAAUUGGCUGGAAAGUCGAGUAAUAUUAAAAUAGUUAAAUGGGUUCCACAAGCUGAUCUUCUAAAGCAUCCAAAAAUUAAAGCUUUUAUAACCCAAGGAGGGACGCAGUCGACUGAUGAAGCUAUCGUUGCUGGUGUUCCGCUCGUUGGUAUACCUCUGGCAUUCGAUCAGUGGGCUAAUACUGAAAGAUAUGUACAUCAUGGAAUUGGAAUUCAAAUCCAUAUAGAUAAACUAACAGAGGAACAGUUAAUUAAUGCAAUAAACACUGUAAUAAAUGACAAAAGUUACAGGCAUAAUAUAGAAAAAAUAGGAGCGACUUUUUUCGAUCACCCGCAGAGUCCACUGCUUCGAACAUUAUGGUGGACGGAAUACUUACUGCGUCAUGGGGGAGUGAGUCACCUUCGGUCACCCUCAGCUAAUAUAACCUGGAUGGAGUACUUCGAAGUGGAAUUGAUUUUUAUUCUUCUAUUUAUUUUAUUUAUUAUUUUUACUACUCUUACAUGCACAGCUAAUCGGCAGCAGGGCUUCGAAUGA